AUGGUCCGUCACUCUUUUGCUCCGCUCGUGGUUCUUGUCACAGCCCUAUACAUUCUACAAGCCCAAUGUACGCCUGUUGUGUUUCAGAAACGCGGUAUCUGCGCCACCGAGGAUCCAGAUCCAUCGUUCCUCAGUGCCCUUGAUCUAGUUCAAGUCGACGAGUCCCGGCCCAAUGCCGGCUCCGAAGCUCGUCAGGGCCCUAUUGAGAUAGAGACCUGGUUCCAUAUUGUGACCAGUAAGGCCGAGGCAGGCAAGGUUACCAACGAUAUGAUCAAUUCCCAGUUCUCUAUUUUGCAAGACGCCUACGAGGAUGCUUCCAUUCUAUUUAGACUGCUAGGAGUUACACGACAUGUCAACGAUGUUUGGGCUCGCAACGAAGACGAGGUCGCCAUGAAAACCGCCCUUCGGAAAGGAAGCUACCGAACUCUGAACGUUUAUUUCCAGACCGAUCUUCAAGCAUCUCCAGGAGAUACUGGCCGUGCUAAUCACCGAGGUGCUCUUUCUUCCAAUGAUCUCUCGUCCAGUGUCCUAGGCUUUUGUACUUUGCCCGAUCCAAGUAUCAAUGCCACCAGUGCCCGUGCGGAUUAUAUCAAGGAUGGCUGCAACGUGCUAGCCAAGACGAUGCCUGGGGGCUCGUUGGAUCUUUACAACCGGGGAGGAACCGCCAUCCACGAGAUCGGACACUGGAACGGCCUCCUGCAUACUUUCCAGGGGGAGUCUUGUUCUUCAGAUAAUCCAGGCGACUAUAUCGCCGACACUCCACAGCAAUCAACGCCCACCGACGGUUGUCCUGCCCGUAAAGAUUCCUGCGUUGAUUCUCCUGGACUCGAUCCAAUUCACGACUUUAUGGACUACUCUUCCGAUGUUUGCUACGAGAGCUUUACGCCUGGCCAGACACAACGUAUGCGGAGAAUGUGGGCGUCUAUGCGGGAAGGGAAGUAA